UGGAUAAAGUAGAGCUCAUCCCUCCCUUCACAUCAUGUCCCCCGCUCGUUGGCCACACUCACUGCAUGCUUUUUAAAUCCCCGUCGCCGGCCUCCAGACGUCGCCUCCUUUUGCCUGCGGGAUGAUGGACAGCAGGAUACUGGAUCCACCUCACGCCCAGUUCGGAGGCUCUCUCGGUGGGAUGGUGGGCUUCCCGUACCAGCUGAGCCACCAUCACGUUUACGAAUUAGCAGGGCAUCAACUUCAAUCUGCGUCCGCGGUUCCCUUCUCGAUAGACGGAUUACUUAAUGGCUCCUGCACGGCGUCGGUGGGUAAUUCCAACCCCCUCUUGUCUUCGGGUUGCGGGAUGAAUGGAGAUAAUCAGCAGUACAAACUGUCAGAUUCGGUGGACCCAGACAAAGAUAGUCCUGGCUGCAAGAGAAGAAGAACUCGGACAAAUUUCACAGGCUGGCAGCUGGAGGAAUUAGAAAAGGCUUUUAAUGAGAGUCACUAUCCGGACGUGUUCAUGAGGGAAGCUCUGGCCCUCCGAUUGGACUUAAUAGAGUCAAGAGUUCAGGUCUGGUUUCAGAAUCGCAGAGCCAAAUGGAGGAAAAAGGAGAACACAAAGAAAGGACCGGGUCGACCUGCUCACAACGCCCACCCCACCACCUGCAGCGGGGAGCCCAUGGACCCGGAGGAGAUCGCCCGGAGAGAGCUGGACAGGCUGGAGAAGAAGAAGCGGAAACAGGAGCGUCGGCUGCUCAAGUCCCAGAAUAAGCUCCUUUCUGGGGAUUUAUUUCACACCCCGGGCUCGGACAGCGACAGCGGGGUGUCACAUGUGACCGACAGUGACCACAACACAUGCCCACCCUUUGACUCAGUGAGCGGGAACCAGUCGAGGUGCGACCUCCAAAGCCAGAACCAAAGACACAUAGACCGGGAAGCUGGGGGGUCCGAGCUGGACUCGCCUGACCUCAGCCACCGGUCGAACCUGUGCUCCGGUAACACCAACAGAGCCUCCAGCCUGCAGAAACUCAACCCGUUCAGCGUUGAGAGCCUCCUCUCGGACUCCAGACCCAGGCGCACCCCCGCGGCCUUACCCUCCUCCCGGCCUUUGAUAGGGAAAGGACACUUCCUGCUCUACCCCAUCACACAGCCGCUUGGAUUCAUUGUCCCCCAAACGGCCCUGAAGACGUCAACGACAGCUGCAAACUGUGAAGGAGACCCCCCAGCGGACGGAGAGCGCUGCGGCGCCUCCCCUGGAUGUAGAAGCAGCUCGCCGGACGCGCAAAAAGCAGCGCAGGUUGGAAAAACCAGCCCGUCCAGGGCCGCCUUUCCAACCGGACAGCAGAGCUCUGUUAUUUGCAGCGAGUCGACUUUUGAACUUAUCGACUCGGACAAAAAGGAGCACUUGGAGCACACUGACAACCCCGAUUCUCACAGUGACAGUGCCACACAAUCAAACCCAACAGAAGACGUAGACAUGGAAUAAAUCAGAAAAAAACAAGCCUCUACACUGGAAAAAAGAAUUCUAGAAAAGUAUUUUUUCUUAAAAUAAGUGCAUUUUUUCAUGAAUUGAGGAGGAAAGUGAGACAAUUUGCCAAUGGAA